CCAGUGCCUGUUCCACUGCCAAAGAAACCAGACUGGUAAUCAAAUCAAGGAUGUUUAUUCACUGCUUUUAGAGUGUAAAAGGAUACGGACCGAAGAUUACAAUCGUGAAGUGGAGAAGAGUAUACCAGCACCAUCACUUGUGAAAUGGACUACUCUGCACCUGUGGUUGAAAUGGAAGGAGAAGAAACGCCGCCACAACCACCAGCCCUAGACAACGCAGCGACAGAGGAGAUUCAGGAAACAGAAGCAGCUGCGGGAGGUGGCGCUCCAAUGAGCAACUCUGAUGAAUACGAACCGUGGGAGUACACCAUAAGACAAGAAAUAAGCCGCCUGCUGGAGGAGAAUGGCGGCCCGAAGGAAGUGUUCGGAAAGAUCCUGGACGAGGCAUAUUUCAAAGACAACAAUUCAAAUGUGGAGUCCUACACUGGGGUUCCAUCUUUUAAGGUAUUAAUGAGCAUGUUGGACAUUAUUCUCCCUGAUCUGCAGAAGACAGAAGGAGAAAACGUCUCCCAUUUUCAAAUACUCCUCAUGACUCUCAUGCGCUUAAAAUGUGGUCUGUCCACCCAUCAGCUUGCCUACAUCUUUGACCUUGAACCGUUACCCGCAGCCCGUACGGUGAGAAGCACCUUGUACGUGCUCUAUAAAAAAAUUGGUUGUUUAGUUCAUUGGCCAGAGCGUCACUGUCUACAGGCAACCAUGCCGCAUCAAUUUGUUGAGAUGUUUGGGAAUCGAGUCACUGUUAUCAUUGACUGCUUGGAGUGUGCCGUUGACUGGAUGCUCAAUGCGAAAUAUCUCAUUGGCAUAACACCAUACGGAAGCAUCUCUUUCAUUUCUGCUGCUUUUAAGGGGUGGGCCAGCAACAAGCAGGUCGCAGAAAAAUGUGGCUUGCUUCAGAAGCUGUCAUCCGGGGACCUAGUAUUGGCACCGAACAGUGGGUUUGAUAUUAAAGAAAGCCUUGCCCUUGUGGGUGCCUCACUGAAAGCCCCAGCCGUUACCGCAGCAGACCACAGCACACUUAGUGCCGAAGAGGUGGAGGAGAACAGGAAGAUGGACUAUGUCAGGAACCAGAUGGACAGAGUGAUGAGGUUCAUGCGCUCAAAGUUCACUGUGUUAAAUGAGAGGGUAAACAUUGGGUUUAUGCUGCCUUUUGAGGAGGAGGAGGAUGUGAUUUUCUGGGAUGCAGUUGUCGCUGUGUGCUGCGCUUUGACAAACAUGCAUCCAAGUGUUAUCAAUGUGUAAUUUUAGGCUACACCAUGCUUGCAUGCGUGCCGUGCUUAUGUCGUUUCUACAAUAAUUCCUGCAAAUAAAAUGCACAAGAUGGAACAGUA